CUUAAUUUCGCUUUCGGGUUUAGUAGUUUUAAAUUAAUAGUUGUGGUGAACGAGUUCAGAACGAAUAAUGUCUUCUGGACUGAAUUACACACAAGUGUAUCAGUUUCUUGUUCGUUUUACUUGCACUAGAUAAUUCGCACGCGCCAGACCGCCCUCCGUUAUCGAGCGACCAAAGGUCAUGUUAUUUCCGGUUGCAGCAGGUCUCGCUGCCUGGUGUUGGACUCCAAAAUGAGCGCAAGGAAUAUCGCUCGCUUUUGGGAAUGGGGAAAGAAAAUAAUAUGCGUCGGGAGAAACUAUGCAGAUCACGCCAUCGAGCUCAAAAAUGCCAUUCCCAGCGAACCUGUGCUUUUCCUGAAGCCCCCGUCUGCUUACGUUAGGGAAGGGUCUCCUAUCCUGCUUCCCUUCUACACCAGCAACCUCCACCAUGAAGUUGAGCUGGGGGUGGUGAUUGGUAAAGGAGGAACUGCUAUUCCUCAGUCUUCAGCCAUGGAGCAUGUGGCUGGAUAUGUGUUAUGCCUGGACAUGACAGCUCGGGACGUUCAGGACGAAUGCAAGUCCAAAGGUCUUCCAUGGACCCUGGCCAAAGCUUUUAACACCUCAUGUCCCAUCAGUGACUUCAUUCCCAAGGAGAAGAUCCCAGACCCGGGGAGCAUCAACCUGUGGUUGAAGGUGGACCAUAUUGUGAAACAGAAUGGAAGCACAUCCCAGAUGAUCUUUUCCAUCCCAUAUCUCAUAAACUACAUCAGCGAGAUCAUCUCUUUGGAGGAAGGUGAUCUCAUUCUCACUGGGACCCCUAAAGGAGUGUCAAGUGUCCAGGAACAAGAUGAACUUCAAGCUGGGAUUGAUGGCAUUGUGACUAUGACGUUCAAAGUGGAUCGAAAAAGUUGAUUUCAAUUAGAACAACUAGACAAUUUGCUGCAAAGCACAACCAUUGCAAUGGCAAUGACACAAUGAUUUUACAGUCACUAGAAUUGGAAACAUUGUAUGAUGUUUUUUUUCUUUUCUAAAUAAAAAUUUUAA